UAGAAUUUCAUAGGCGUGCAUAUAAUGUCAAAAGUAAAAAAAAAUCAUAAAAUAUUUUUUUCUUAUUUGCUUUGCUUAUUUGUCGCGGGUAAGAAACUGAAAUCCCGCAAGCCCCGCAAGUUUCCAUAUAUAUUAUAAUUCUCUUACUAUCAGUAAUCUCUGAAUUGUCUUUGUUCUGAAAUCAAGAGUAGCAUUGCGUCUAAAUUUUGACAGCUAAUGUCAAAUAAAUAUGGAUUUUGUUUGCCGUUGCCGUGGUUGGAUUUAUUUUUAUUUACUUGGCGGAAAGUUAACUGCUUUAGUUUCUGAAAUUUAUGUAGUAUCAUAUGUUUUUAAUACUAUAAGGUGAAAUAUGUAUUCUCCAAGGCAAAAAAUACUGUGGUUUGCGCUGAGUACAAGAAUUUUUGUGAUUAUUUUACAAGCAAUAUCAAACCUCGUCAUACCAGACCACAAUGCGAAUGUCUUCAUAAGCCCUGAGGAUCCAACAUUACGUAAAACUUACGGUGAUGUUAUUGUGGAUAAAUUAUUUGGUGGUUUGAAGAGAUGGGAUGCUCAGUACUUUAUACACAUUGCUCAAUACGGCUAUACUUAUGAAAAUUGUCUAGCAUUCUUUCCGCUAUACCCGUUGGUCGUCAGAUAUGUGGCUUAUGGAAUAAGCAGCGUGCUUGGAUCAUUCGUAAACUUUCAUAGUACAUUGCUAAUAUCUGCUUCAUUAGUAAACAUUAUAAUGUUCAUAAAAUCAGCUGAUAUAUUACAUCGGUUAAGUUUAAGAGUUCUAAGGAAUGAGUGUAAAGCCUAUAAAUCAGUCAUAUUAUAUUGUGUGAAUCCUGCAAGCAUAUUUUUCUCUGCUCCAUAUUCCGAAACACUGUUUGCUUGGAUGUCUUUUUAUACAAUGUUGAAAUGUACUGAUAAUGAAACCCUGAGGUUUGCCAACAUUGAUAUAUUGUGUGGUUUACCAACAGGGUUCUCUAUGAUCACUAGGUCUAAUGGUUCUGUUAAUCUAGGAUUUAUAAUCUAUGCUAGCUUGAAAAAUGUUAUUGAGCGAACUUUACCUGAAAUUGUGUACAAGUACAAAACAUUAAAACAUAAAAUUAUUCUUCCAGUAUUGUUGUUACCAUUGUUCAUAUCUUGUAUGGCACUGUUUUUGGCUGUGAUACUAGGUUUGUUACCAUUUCUCUUGCUGCAAACAUACAAUUACUUCAAAUAUUGUAUACACAAUGAGCAUAACUUGCCUGACUUUUUGUCAAAUGCAGAGUAUGUGUUGCCAGGGACAGCCCAAAGUCCAUGGUGUAACUACUCAUUGCCUCUGUCAUAUUCUUAUAUACAGUCUCAUUACUGGGAUGUUGGUUUUUUGAAAUAUUAUAAGCUUAAGCAAAUUCCAAACUUCAUUCUUGCUUUUCCAAUACUAUUCCUAAUAAUGUAUCAUUGCAUGCGCUACAUAAUUAAUAAUAUAAGACUUUGCUUAGCACUUGGCAUAAGAUUUAAUAUAUUUGGAAAUUCAAACAAGAUGCCUUAUAGGCCAAAGCAAUAUUCUAAAGGAUUUGGGGCCAAUGAUCCUUCAAUAUUUGUAUAUAUAGUUCAUAUAAUGUUUUUAUGUAUUUUUUGCAUAUUUUUUGUACAUAUUCAAGUGUCAACUAGGUUGUUAGCAUCGGCUAGUCCAGUUUUAUAUUGGAUUUGUUCUAGCUGUAUGAAUGUAAGUCCCACACCAACAUCAGAUCAAAACACAAUUAAUGAGCACUUCCGUCGAAUUGGAACGGGAAAGCGAAUCCCUUCCAAUUAUUUAUCAAUAGCGAAUUUAGAAGGUGUUGACAAUAUGUAUAGCAAAUGGAAAACGUUUAUUAUAUCACGACGAAUGCCCGAUUUUCAGUCACGUAGCUUGCAAUAUUAUUUUAUAGGAUACUUUUUAGUGGGUACAGUUUUAUUUUCUAACUUUUAUCCAUGGACAUGAGUCGUGGUACGUGAUCUACAAACAUAUCAUGCUCACGUAUCAUAUUUAAUCUGGAUAAUUAUAUUUGUUUGACAUAUCAAUAUUUUAUAUUCAAUAUUCAUACAAUAUAAUGAAACAAUUAAUAGAAUUUUAUGAAUGAAGAAUUUUAUUCAUUAAUAUAACACUAAACGCCUUGCUAAAUUGCCUUUGUUUUUAGCUAGUUUAAUAUUAGUAAGUUAAAAAGUUAGGUAGCAAAUUUAAUGCAUUAGACAUUUUUAUAUACAAAUUUCAUAAAAUAUAAUUACAUAUUUCUGCUUGGAAUGGGGCCUUUUAAGAUGUCCAUAAUACAGCAAAUUUAUUCUAUAAAAUAUGUAUUUUAAUGAAAAAUAGAGUAAUACAAUUUGCUAAUUAAUCUUCUAUGAAUUAUUAUUCACUUAAAUAAAUUAUGAAGUACCUAUUCUAGUCAUUAAUAUUUAAAUAGGGACCUAGUCACAAUUUACAUACGUAAAUAAGCUUAUAAUUUCAUAGUGCGCGAAUUAAAUUGACAAUACUAGAACCUCAAUAAUCACUAGAAUAGUCCGUUAAAGUAUAUAUUUUGAUCAUAUUAAUUCUGCAAAAUAGGCAUAUUAGCUAUACCGAUAAUUUUAAUCAAUAAAAAAUUUCCUAACAAUGUUUUAGACAAGUUAUUCAAUAAAUAAGUUUUAAAUCCAUUGUAAUUAAUUAUUUAAUAACAUUGUUAUCAUUCAUUUAAGUAAUUGUAAAUCAUUUUCAACCUUUUUAUGAUGCAUUUCAUUAAAUUAAUUAUAAUUUAAGCAAGGCUGUGCCAUAUUGGUCCUAAAUAAUAAGCUUAAACACAUAAAAUCAGUUUUUCCUAAAAAUGAAAAGAACCAUUGUUAUGUAAUUUAAAGCUGAAUUAUGUAAUUAAUCGGUCAACUACCAAAUUCCUACAAUAUUAGAAUGCAUAGUCUUAUAUAGCAGCAGAUUCGGAAAAAUAUAUUGUUUAUUAAAGUGCUAAAUAAAAAUUUCCUAAAUGUAUCGUUCAGUCAUAUUGUGAUGUACAUUUUGCAACAAAUAUUAAGUUAAACCAAACCAAAUACUCUUAGUGUAAGUGCAUACUAAAUAUAAUAUUAUUUUCCAAAACUAUACAUGUUGACUUAUGAAUAUUUGAACAGCGCCCUCUUUUGUGAUAAGUUUGACUUCAAAACUAUCUUUUAUGCACAGACAACAGCUUGUCCAAACACAGCAGCCGUCCACUAUGCAGUAAUAAUUAGAUUUCUUAAUUAAUUUUUAAUGACCUUCUUUUUUACUAUUUCAAUACUGAACUUAAUUUAGCCAUUUUUAGAAUACAAGAUGUACCUAAUCACUCCAUAUUGGAAACUUAAUUGUUAUGGUGCAUGUUCAUUAGAGCAGAGUAACAUGAUGUUUCUGAUCACAAAAAUGUAUAAUAGCCGACAAAAAACUUAACCACACAUCAAGGUAGUGUGCUCAAGUUGUUUGCUGCUCAUUAUAAGUGGGGCUUAGCUUAGAUGUGAAUUUUGUGGAUUUAUUAUAAUUUAUAAAUACUAUUAUUUACUCUGCUCUAGUAGAAAUGGGCUGUGGAUUUUUAGUUUGUGUAAACUUCAUCAUUUAAUGAAGUUGUUAUAUUAUGUAACAAUACCUGGGUGCAGUAAAUAAGUUUGGUACUGCCAUCAAUAAACAAUCCAUCAAGAUGAGACUUAAUAUUAGAACCAGCUGAA